AUGAGUGUUCAUAGGAAAAUUUUAGAAAAGAGCGGAAGAUUAGAAUCAUUGUAAUAAUAAUAAUAAUAAUAAAUACCUAAUGUGUAAUGUUAGGAGAUUGAUUAAUAAAAAUGGUUAGAAAAAUAAGAUGAAGAAGUUGUUAAAAAUAUAGAGGAAUAUCAGCAAUACAAUUCUAUAAAUAAUAUAAGAAGCACCUGCAGAGUAUUUCCUAGAACAAAAGAAAUGUAUAUGGAGGCAAAGAUUCCAUUUGCUGUGAUAAUAUAACCUUAUGGAUAAUCUAUUAAAUAAGGAUUUCCUUGUGUGAACUAUGGGAGUAAUCCAAUAAUGAGAUGUUAGAAUUGUAGAGCAUACAUUAAUCCAUUUAUGGAACGAAUGAAAGAUGAAGAAUAUUUGAGAUGUAAUAUAUGUACUUGUAUGAUAAAAAUACCGAAAAACUUCUUAUAACCUGAAGAUUUAGAUAAAAGAGCUGAUUUGUGUACAGGAUCAUAUGAUAUAAAGGCAGGCCAAGAAUAUUAAAUGAGACCACCAAUGGCUCCUGCAUAUUUUUUUAUGAUUGACGUGUCAAGUAAAAGUGAAGGGAUUUUGGGUAUUAUGGGAUAGAUAAUUAAGGAUAUGAUUGUAGAAGAUAAAUUUAAUGAAAGAACAUUAUUUGGUUUUAUUACAUAUGAUACUAACAUACAUUUAUACAAUUUUAAUAGUAAACUUAAAUAAGUAUAAAUGUAUGUAUUGACAGAUGAUAAUGAUAUGCCAACACCUGGAGAUUAUUUAUUUAAUUUAUAAGAAUCUAAAGAUAUUAUUGUUGCAUUUUUAAAUCAAUUAAGUGUUCUAUUUCCUAAACCAAAAGAAAAGAGUACUUAAUUCAUAGCAGCAUUGAAUUUAACCUAAAAGAUAAUGUAAGAUAAUGGAGGUAAAUUAAUAAUAUUAACAUCUUAUCCAAUAAAAGAAUUAAAUAUUACUGAAAAUUAAAAAAGUCCAUUAAAUCACUUUUAACCAACUAACAAUAUUUUAAAAUAAAUUUGUGAAAAGAUGCAUUUAAAUUAUAUUUGUCCAUCCAUUUUUAUUGUACCAGCAGGAUUUAAUAAUGUUGGUACUUUAAAUCAAUUAGUAAAAUAUUUAAAUGGAGAUAUGUUUUAUUAUGAUGAUUUAACUAUUUGUAGUAUAAAAUUCAUAAUAAUAUUAAGCACAAAGAUUUUAUUAUGAUUUUCUUGGAGUUUUAGGAAAAGAUUACACAUGGGAAUCAGUAUUUAGAAUUCGACUAUCUAUUGGAUGGAAAAUAAAAUGUAUAUAUGGAAAUUAUACAGUAAAAAAUGCAGAUUUGUUAAAUGUUACAUGUACUGAAGAGUAAUAAGUGUAUAUUAUUAUUGUUUAGUCAAAAGGUAUUAAUGUAUGAAUUGGAAUUGAAUCAACCUAGAGCCCCAUACGAUAAUUUAUAUAUUUAAACAGCAUUAUUAUAUACAUCAAAUAAUGGAGAGAGAAGAAUACGGGUUCAUAAUAUUUGUAUUCCAAUUACGAAUUCUAUAAAGACAAUCUAUUCUUAAAUUGAUUAACCAUGUUUAGCUAUUUCAUUGUAUAAGAUUGCUUUAUCUCAAUUAAAUAUUGCUAAAGAUGUUAAAGAUUGUAUUUAAACUAAAGACUUUUUGAUUGCUGCAACAAGAUCAAUAUCUAAUAAUUGUAAAUUAUUCAAAGAACCAUUGGAUUCCUUACAUUCUUAUAUGUUAGGAAUAAUGAAAUCUUAAAUCCUUCAUUAUAACUUUGAUCAAUUAUCUGUUUUAACUGAUUAUAUAAAUUACUAAAGAUCAAUAUACUAAUAUUUGAAUGUUGAUGAAUUAGUAACUUAUAUUGUACCUCAAUUGUAUAAUAUCUCGGAUUUGAAAGAAUAAGAGUGUAUUUAUGAUGACAGUGGUUAUUUCAUUUAUCCAUAGUCUAUUUCAUUAGUUUUGGAAGAAGUUUCUAAUGGAGGUUUACUUUUAAUGGAUUGUGGCAAUUAUUUAAUUUUAUUCAUUUGCAAGUACUAAAUGAUCAUCUAUAAGUAGAAUUCAUGAUGAAAAUCAAAUGGCUGACAUAUUUGGUAAACAUUAUCAGAACAUGAAUUUAGUAGAAGACAAUCUUUAUUCCAAUUCCUAAAAUCCAAUAAAUGAUAAACUUUAUUAUCUUCUCAAUGAAUUAAGAAAGUAUAUAUUCAUUAAUGUUAGUAAUAAGUAUACCAAAUAUGCACCAUUGUAUAUAGUAAAACAAGGAAGUAAAACAAGAUGGGAGGAACUUUUCUUUUAAAACUUAAUUUAUGAUGAUUUUAAUAAGAAUUAUAGAAUGGGAUAUAAUCAAUUUGUACAAUAUAUUGGUUGA